UUGCGUUUGUUUGUUUUGUUUUGUUCUGUGAUAAAACGAGAAGUAAAAGUUUUUUGUUUUGUUACUUGUGUAGUAAGUAACGAGCUAUGGCGUCUCAACAAGAGAAGAAACAGCUAGACGAGAGGGCCAAGAAGGGAGAAACCGUCGUGCCAGGUGGGACUGGAGGCAAAAGCUUUGAAGCUCAGCAGCAUCUCGCUGAAGGGAGGAGCCGAGGAGGGAAUACGAGGAAGGAGCAGUUAGGAAGUGAAGGAUAUCAGCAGAUGGGACGCAAAGGAGGUAGCACCCCUGACAAGACUGACAAGGAAGACGCCGAGGAUGAGUCCAGUACUAGGACCUAGUCUUAAGAUUUCGAUGGAUGUGUAAUAAUAUCGUUUUAAAUCUUUUCCAUAUAGUUGCACGUUUUGGUUUCCUGUCAUAAGUUGUUAAGUUCAUGAGAUGAUGAUCACCAUGUGUGUGUAUACGUUUUCAUCUCCUUCUACUUGCGCUUGUGUUUCGUUC